AUGUCGGAGGAGCCACACACGCUGACCGACAGCCCAUUUGUCGCAGCUGAGAGGAUGCCAGCGGUCUAUGCGGCGGUAGCGGUCGAAGUGGCCCCAGGCCCGGGAGGAAGACGACUGCACCGGGUGAUCCAGGCGUUGGGCGCUUUGGAUCAGCGGCUUUUGGCCCCCAACGAGGCUGUUGGGCGGCGUCCUUCAGGCAGCUGUCCUUAA